AUGGGCACACCAGUGCUCAUCCUCGACAAUGGUGCGUACAGCAUCAAAGCGGGUGUGUCGGGUGUCGAUGCUGAGCCGCGGUUCUUCCCCAAUGCCGUCGCGCGCAGCCGAACGGACAGGCGGAUCUACGUUUCAGACGAGAUCGAGGCCGCCAGAGACUUGAGUGGGAUCGCGUACCGCCGCGCGUUCGAGCGGGGCAUGCUCGUCGCCUGGGACGCGGAGAAGCCGGUGUGGGACCGCAUUUUCUCUUCUGCCGGGCUUGAUAUAAAGCCUCCAGAAACAUCGCUACUCGUCACAGAGCCGUACUUCAACCUCCCCAACAUCGCCGAGACAUACGACCAAAUGGUGUUCGAGGAGUGGGAGUUCGCGAGCUACUACCGUUGCACCUCGGCCUCGUUGGCGCCAUACGGAGGCAUGUUCAGCGACGAGUCUGACGUUCCCCCGGAAUGUAUGGUCGUCGUUGACGUGGGGUACAGCUACUCGCACGUUGUGCCGACCCGCGGCGGGGAAAUAGUGUGGGAACACGUUAAGCGUAUCGACAUCGGCGGGAAGCUUCUUACAAACCAUCUGAAACACCUCAUCUCGUUCCGGCAGUGGAACAUGCUUGACCAGACCCACGUCGUCAACGCCGUCCGAGAAGCGUGCGGCUACGUCUCGAUGGACUGGUGUGGCGAUAUCGAGAAGUGCAAGCGCAACCCGCGCUCCAACCCCAUCGUACAAGAGUACGUCCUCCCAGACUUUAGCGCCAAGUCGCGCAGCCGGACGGGGUACAUCCGCUCUGGACCGAAUGCACAGCGGCCACCAGAAGGAGAAGAAGCGCGGAAGAAGGGGCCAGAAGAGGAGGAGCAAGUGCUGUGGAUGGGAAACGAGCGGUUCGCGGGGCCAGAGCUGCUGUUCAACCCAUCCGAUAUUGGUAUCAACCAGACCGGCCUCCCGGAGACUAUAGCGUACGUCAUCUCGCAGAUGCCCGAAGAACUGCAAGGGAUGUUCUGGGCACACAUCGGCAUUGUUGGCGGGCUGGGUAACAUCGAGGCAUUAGGAGAACGACUAGAACGCGACCUGCGCGCACUGUGCCCGUCGGACUACGACAUUGGGAUCUAUGAGGUGUUCGAACCCGCCUCAGCACCCUACCAGGCUGCCGUGGCAUUAUCCUCGCACGAUGGCUACCUCCCGACUUACCCGGUCACGCGCGCCGAGUACCUCGAGCACGGCUCGUCCAUCUGCCGACGCAAGUUCGGAGGGCCAGUAUACAACGUCGAGCCGCCAGGCUUCAACCGCGACACAGAGCCGGUGGACGAGGACGAGCAGGAGCUGCGAUACGCGCUCGGACUGGACAGUAUACGCGGGAAGGGAAGCAAGAAGCGGGCAAACGACGAGGAGGUCACGAGCGGGAACUGGGGUGGGCGACGGAGACGCGCGCAGGAGGGCGGGCUGUUGGGAGGGCGGCCGUAG